AGAAAAUAUUUCGAUAAUUCUCCGAAAUGUGAUUCGGCGCAAAUUCGUUGCCACUUCUGCCCUCCUUUCGCCGGCGGCCGACCCGCUUCCGCCUCCCUCGAGCCCUACGCGCGCUUCUGCUCACAGGACUCGCGUCUCUGCGAUGCGGCUCAAGCUUUUGCUUUCGUCUUUCUCAAGGAAAACCCUACUCCGCCACUCGCGAACCCUAGCCGCUCCUCCUACUGCCUUCCCGGGCGGCUGUUCCUUCUCCACAACCGCUGUAUCCAGACAUUUGGGCGGUUUUCCUUUCUUUAGGGGUCUUCAAUUAUGGUUCCGCCAAGGCGAUUGCUUGCCAAAGUACUUCUCAGCUGUGGCUUUCCAAUCUCGCUUCUUCCAAGACGAGAAGCAGGGCUACGUCUCUUCGAGAUAUUCCGAGGACGCGAAGAAGGGCCGAUUAGUCCCCGUGAAUGCCUAUUUUCUGUCUACCAGUAUUGAUUUGAAAAGCUUGCGGGCGCACAAUGCGUUCAACGUCAUUUCUCCAGCUUCUCGUGUCAGUGACUGUGUUAUUCUUAGAUUCUAUGAUAAUAACUUCAAGUUCGAGAAUGAUCCUCAGGUUAUUGAGUUUGAUUUCUCAAAUGAAAGUAAUUGUCACUAUGUGGUGGUUUUUCAAUAUGGCUCUGUCGUGUUGUUUAAUGUUUCUGAACAAAAAGCUGAUGGCUACCUGAAGAUUGUCGAAAACCAUGCAUUAAUUAUGUUGCCAGAGAGGGCAAAAGAUGACUAUUCAGUAGUUGAAAUUCCAACUCUAAAGACGUGGAUGGAAGGUGGUCUUGACCACAUUAUGCUUAAAAGUUUGAGCGUCGAUGGCAUCCUCACCAUUGCAAGUGUUCUUGGCCAAAGCAUUGCCUUAGAUUACUUUAUUCGGCAGGUGGAUGGAAUGGUUGAACUGUUUAGCAACAUUAAUCAUGAAAUGGAGAAAACAGGUUAUUUUCGGCUGAAGAACAAAAUGCUUCUGCAAUUAGUCGGAAAAGCAAAUUCUAUUCUGGAGGCAGUUAUUCUGAAACUCAAGCUUUUUGACAGGCCGGAGAUUGCAUGGAAGAAUGCUAAUUACGCGCAGAUAUGGGAGUACCUUCGUGAUGAUUUUGAGUUGACUAAUAGAUUUGGUAGCCUCCAUUUUAAGCUGGAGUUUGUUGAGCGCAACAUUUCGUUCUUCAGGAACAUCCUGCAGAACAGGAAAAUGCAUUUCUUGGACUCUCUCAUAGUUACUUUACUCGUCGUGGAGAUCUUGAUGUCGAUAUAUCUUAUGUUACAAAUUCUAUUAUUACAAUUUUUGCCUUGUGGAGAGGUGGGCGCAGUCCUUGACCUACCGGACCUCAUGGUGGUGCUCGAGUGCGACAAGGCAGACAAUGCAGAGGGACACGACAUUAAAUCAGAGGGCGGAGAAGCAGACGAGGAGGAGGUGGGACUUGAUGAUGAUGAGGGAAAUGAGGGAGUCGUUGAGCAAACGGAGGGGAAACCCCAUGUCGUCGUCUUUGUUGUCGGAAGUGGUUUCGGAGAGGAACUCCGGGUGGGAGAAGGUGGAACAAUCAGUGAGCUUGGACCAGGGGCGGCACAGAGGGAGCAACAUGGAGGGAGUGGCAUAGAGGUGGUUGCUCGUGUGUUGGUGUAG